UCCUUAUUGGCCUUAACAAGGCGCAACGCGUUUUCCAUCCAAAAAAAUGAAUAAGUCUUUAUACUUCGUAUCUUCUCUUCUCAUUAAUCUGUGUUUUCGUCAACCUUCCUCCUGUUUUCUUGAUACUCUGCUCCUAAAAUCUCUAAACAUUCAGAUCCAACCUCGAUACUUUUAUCAUCUUAUUGCAUCAUCCUGUUCAACUCUCACGUUCUUACUCUCUCCAUGAAUGAGAAACGGAGAUCCAUCUUUAGUUCGAUGUUCAAAAGGCCUUCUCUAGUGGCUUUUGUGGUCUUUCUCAGCUUCAGUUCAUGUUGUUCGCUUAAGGAAGAAGGUUUAGAUAAAGAUAGACUGGAGAAAGAUCUAUGGUCUGAUGAAGAUUCUGCGAUUAUGAAAGCAGUUGGGUUUCACAGGAAAGCACUUAUACCUCGUGACGCAUUAACAUAUGACAGCUUGCCUUCAAGAAGAAACAGCCGUGAGGCUCCUGCUGCAACUAUCACACCACCAUCAUCUCCACAACCUUCUCAAAACAAUAUUACAACCAAAUCUUCGGAUCCAGGAACUACACAUGAUCUUUCUCCUUCUCCUUCACCUCCUCCUCCUCCUCCUCCUCCUCCUACUACGUUUGUGCCUCUUGCAAACUCCCCCACUCCAAAAAGGUCUGGUUCUUCUUCAGUGGUUGUUCCUGUAGUUGUUACUUGCGGAUGCAGUGUUGUUCUCCUCCUCCUUGUAGCUACCGGUGUGUUCUACUUCAGAAAUAAAGUAGGGAAGGCAGUGAAUCCAUGGCGUACAGGUCUUAGUGGACAACUUCAGAAAGUGUUUGUAACUGGUGUCCCAAUUCUCAAAAGAGCUGAGAUUGAAGCUGCAUGUGAAGAUUUUAGUAAUGUCCUUGGAUCAUGUCCUAUUGGGAAACUGUUUAAAGGAACACUAUCAAGUGGAGUUGAGAUAGCUGUUGCUUCUAUUGAGACUACUAGUGCCAAAGACUGGAAAGACAAUGCAGAGAUUCAGUUUAUGAAGAAGAUUGAAAUGUUAUCCAAGAUAAACCACAAGAACUUUGUAAACCUUCUUGGAUACUGUGAAGAAAAUGAACCUUUCACCAGGAUCUUGAUCUUUGAAUAUGCACCAAACGGUUCACUCUCUGAACAUCUACACUGUAAAGAAUCAGAAAACUUGGAUUGGGGAAUGAGGUUAAGAAUCUUAAUGGGUUUAGCAUAUUGCCUUGACCAUAUGCACCAACUAAAUCCACCAAUAGCUCACACAAACCUCGUCUCAUCAUCACUUCAUCUCACAGAAGACUAUGCUGUAAAGCUAGCCGAUUUCACUUUUGGUCCAUCUGAAACAGAAACGUGCAACAACACCAAAGACACAGACACUGAAGACAACGUUUACAGCUUUGGUUUACUAUUAUUCGAAAUGAUAACCGGAAAACUUGUGGAAUCGGUUAACAGACCUGACUCAGUAGAUACAGGGCUAGUUGAUUUCUUGAGAGGAGAGAGUCUAGCCAAUAUGGUGGAUCCAGCACUGGAGUCUUAUGAUGACAAGAUUGAGAAUAUAGGUGAAGUGAUCAAGUCAUGCAUCAGGACUGAUCCUAAAGAGAGACCUACAAUGAAAGAAGUCACCGGGUGGCUACGGGAGAUUACAGGAAUCUCGCCAAGUAAUGCUACACCGUCACUAUCACCUCUUUGGUGGGCAGAGUUAGAGGUUUUGUCUAUGGCGUAAGAGACACCAACAAGAGAUGUAAGUAUGUUGAAAGAUGUGUGAGUUUUUGUUAAGUGUAAUUUGUAGUUUAACUACACAAAGUGAUAAAAAAACAAAACUGAAGGUGGGCUUCAGUUCAAGUUUCAAGCGAAUCUAUAAUUAGUGUAUAUACUGAAGUUAUAAAAUGAACAUGAAAAGUU